AUGCCCCUAAACAAGAAGCCGGAGGAACAAAGGAGAACUCUCCUCUUCUCCGACAGAACCAAGUCUUUCAACCGCCGCAUAACAGUCAUUGGGAGAGCUGCAGCUUCAGCCGAGGCGAACCAACCUGGGCGCGAGUGGAAUAAAUGGGCUGUAACCUCAAUUCGACCCCGGCCCUUGCAUCCCGAGGUCGGAAGCGAUGCGAUCCGCCCUGCCUCCAGAGGGUGGCGCUCGAGUCCGACUGAACGGCGGCGGCGGGUGUCGGGCACGCGCCCAGGGCGCGCGCGCCACCCCUCUCGCCUCCACCCAACUCCCCCAUUAGUGCACGAGUUUACCUCUAGAGGUCAUCAGGCAGGAUUUACGACUGGACAACAAAAGCACGUGAUUCGAAGUCGUACCCCAUAUUUGGGUGCCUACGUAGGAGGGAACCGAGUACAUGUCCCAGUCAUUUCCAUAAUUCAUCAUAAAUUGUGCAAGGGUGCUAUAGACGCACAAACGACCGCGAGCCACAAAUCAAGCACACAUAUCAAAAAACAAAUGAGCUCUUAUUUUGUAAACUCAUUUUGCGGUCGCUAUCCAAAUGGCCCGGACUACCAGUUGCAUAAUUAUGGAGAUCAUAGUUCCGUGAGCGAACAAUUCAGGGACUCGGCGAGCAUGCACUCCGGCAGGUACGGCUACGGCUACAAUGGCAUGGAUCUCAGCGUCGGCCGUUCGGGUUCCGGCCACUUUGGCUCUGGCGAGCGCGCCCGCAGCUACGCGGCCGGGGCCAGUGCGGCGCCCGCCGAGCCCAGGUACAGUCAGCCGGCCACGUCCACGCACUCGCCUCCGCCCGACCCGCUGCCCUGCUCGGCGGUGGCUCCCUCGCCCGGCAGCGACAGCCACCACGGCGGCAAAAACUCCCUGGGCAACUCCAGCGGCGCCUCGGCCAACGCGGGCAGCACCCACAUCAGCAGCAGAGAGGGGGUUGGCACAGCGUCCGCAGCCGAGGAGGACGCCCCUGCCAGCAGCGAGCAGGCGAGCGCCCAGAGCGAGCCGAGCCCGGCGCCGCCAGCUCAACCUCAGAUCUACCCCUGGAUGCGCAAGCUGCACAUUAGUCACGACAACAUAGGCGGCCCAGAAGGCAAAAGGGCCCGGACGGCCUACACGCGCUACCAGACCCUGGAGCUGGAGAAGGAAUUCCACUUCAAUCGCUACCUGACCCGCCGAAGAAGAAUUGAAAUAGCACAUGCUCUUUGCCUCUCCGAGAGACAAAUUAAAAUCUGGUUCCAAAACCGGAGGAUGAAGUGGAAAAAAGAUAACAAGCUGAAAAGCAUGAGCAUGGCCGCGGCGGGAGGGGCCUUCCGCCCCUGAGCCUCUGGGCGGUUAAAGUACUGAGCAGUAUUAGCGGAGCCCUCCCUCCGUAAUGUCAGUACUAAGGUGACUGUCUCAAACUCCCCCUGUGUUCCUUCUGUGAAGAAGCCCUGUUCUCGUUGCCCUAAUUCAUCUUUUAAUCAUGAGCCUGUUUAUUGCCAUUAUAGCGCCUGUAUAAGUAGAUCUGCCUCUGUUCAUCUCUUUGUCCUGAAUGGCUUUGUCUUGAAAAAAAAAAUAGAUGUUUUAACUUAUUUAUAUGAAGCAAGCUGUGUUACUUGAAGUAACUAAAACAAAAAAAAAAAGAAAAGAGAAAAAAAACACACACACACAAAAAGCCCCCCCCAACCUUGUUUAGUGCCAAUGUUGUGUGUUGCACUUGAGUUGGUUAACGUGCAUGUGCGUGGAAGUGUUCCUGUCUCAAUAGCUCCAAGCUGUUAAAGAUAUUUUUAUCCAAACUACCUAUAUUCCUUGUGUAAUUAAUGCUGUCGUAGAGGUGACUUGAUGAGACACAACUUAACUUGUUCAUCGUGUAGUGGCUAGUGACUGUGACGAAACUGUGACUCCAAGCGGUGUGUCCCUGCGUGCCUUUGUAGGACCCUUUGCACGAACUCUGGAAGUGGCUUUUCUAAGCGCAGCUUCAGUGAUGUAUGUUUUUGUGAACAAAGUUACAAAUUUUGUUCGAGUCUGGCUGUUUAAGCAAACUGUGAUCAGCUUUUUUUUUUGUAUUUGUUUUUGAGGAAAAAAUACUGACUGGAAACAAAAAUAAACUUUCUAUUGUAAGUUC